CAAGUACAGCCCUCUUUCUUCUCUCUCUACUCCUAAAACCCUUUCUCUGUUUCAUUAUCCCACCGCCAUUCCAAUUCCAUUUUUCUUCUUUUUUUUGCAAUCCAUAUUAGCAAAACCCUAAUAUCAGAUAUGUCGUUGAGUAGAAUCUCAUCUCGUUUAUCAAGAAAUUUGUUGACACAGUGCCGCAAUUCGUUGCUUCUCUAUUAUAGGCAAAAUCAACAGCACCAUGUUCCCAUAAUUUCAUCUCAAUUUCACUCAAUUCCUCAUAUAAAAGAAAAGGUGUCUCUAGUACCUGAAUCCGCCUUGCAACGGUUUGGAUUCUCAUCCUCUGCAUCCCAACCUGAUGAAAAAGAAACAUCUCAGUCCCAAUGUGAAGGAGGAAACGGAGCAGAGAAAACUUCAGCUUCUGCUGAUUCUCACACUCAAGAGGACAAGGAUGAAUCAGAUUUAGAGGUGGAGGACCUUUCUAGGGAUGACUUGGUGAAACUUGUAGUUGAGAAGGAAGAACUCCUAAAGAUGAAACAUGAGGAGUUUCAGAAAAUGCAGGAUAAGGUUCUUCGGACUUAUGCAGAGAUGGAGAAUGUCAUGGAGAGAACUAGACGAGAAGCAGAAAAUACCAAGAAGUUUGCCAUUCAGAAUUUUGUGAAAGCCCUUCUAGAUGUUUCUGAUAAUCUGAGCAGGGCUUCUUCUGUUGUAAAAGAGAGCUUUUCCAAAAUUGAUGUAUCUAAGGACACAUCUGGUGCCGUGCCACUUCUGAAGACACUUCUGGAAGGUGUUGAAAUGACUGAUAAACAGCUCUCGGAGGUAUUCAAAAAAUUUGGUGUUGAAAAAUUUGAUCCUACAAAUGAAGAAUUUGAUCCAAAUAAGCAUAAUGCAGUAUUUCAAGUACCCGAUCCUGAAAAGGCUCCCGGAGUGAUUGCUGUUUGUCUUAAGCCAGGGUACACCUUGCAUGACCGAAUUAUUCGGCCUGCUGAAGUUGGUGUGACAGUAGCCGUGGAGAGUACUGGGAACUGAUCAAAGUACCAACACCUAAAUUUGUACCGACGUUUAAAAAUCAGAACAUUUUUGCUCUUAGGCGAUUUGAGCUCUAGAUUCUCCUUCGGGGAAGGUGUUCAUUGUGCAGAUGUUAAGUUACAAACUCAAUGUUUUUUUGCCCUUCAUCUAGAGUUUGUGUUAAAUUGGAACAAUAAGAAGUCUCUGAUUCACAAGGCAUUCUUGUUGCGGGUGGAACGCUUUCCCUCUCCACUUCCUUACCAAUACGCAAGUGUUGUAUGUUUGAACUU